AUGGCUUCCAACAACAUUGCAAUCAUCGGCGCCGGGCUGUCGGGCCUUACCUUGGCUCUUUGCCUACAAAAACAGUCUAUUCCAUGCACUAUCUAUGAGUCCCGAUCGGCGUCUCUUGAUAUCGGAGGCGCUAUUAUGCUUUCCCCAAACGCGUUGCGGGUUCUGGAUGCGAUAGGAAUUUACGAGGCCAUAAAACCCCGCGGAUUCGAGUUUAAGGACUUGCACUUUUAUGCCAACAAACCACUUGAUUCAUACGAGUUCGGCAACCGCUCAAAAUAUGGGUAUGAUGCACUGCGCAUCUACCGCUACGAAUUGAUCGACGCUCUGUUGUCUGACAUCAAAGACAAGGGUAUACCCAUUGAAUAUGGAAAGAAAUUCACCCGGGUUCUCUCCGAGUCCGAAACUGAAGUCACCUGGAAAUUUGAGGACGGCACUACUGGCCGCGCAUCUUGCCUUGUUGGGGCUGACGGAAUUCAUUCAAGAGUCCGAAAGCACCUCUAUCCCACAUUGGAACCUCGAUUUACCAAUGCCAUGGGUGUCACAGCUGCCAUUCCGACAAGUCAACUCCAAACCUCCGGCGAAUUUCAGCUUCCCAUAACAAUCAUGAAUCCCCAGCAUGGUGCUUUUGUAAUUGCACCGCAACAGCCUGAUGGCUCGGAAAUGCUUAUUGGCAAACAAAAACGUGCGCCGGAGCUAGACCGCGAGGGAUGGAGCAAGUUACUCAACGAUAAAGAGUGGUGUGUGGAAUUUCUCCGCCAGGGCUCCGAAGACUUCCCGGAAAUUGUCAAAUCGGCCGUGUCGGAUAUUCCAGUUAACAAAAUCAACCUUUGGCCUUUCUAUGUGGUGCCUAAGCUCGAUACUUGGGCAUCGGAGAAUUCUCGCGUGGUCAUUCUUGGAGAUGCGGCCCACGCUAUACCACCUACUGCCGGUCAGGGAGUUAACCAAGCCUUCGAGGAUGUUUACACUUAUGCUUUGGUUUUGAAAAGGUCACUGGGUGGUGAUUUGAAUCAGGGCCUGAAAAUAUGGCAGCAAGGUCGACAGGAACGGGUUGACCGAGUACUUGAGCUGAAUACACAGAUUGACGCGAGAAGAAUGCCAAAGGAUCUCAACUCGGCUACUCCGGAGAUUGAGACCAGGUCUUUUGAACUAGGCUGGCUAUAUAGCCCGAAGUUUGAUGAAAUGGUCGAACAGUGGUUCCAAUCGUGCAAGACAGGAUAA